AACAGCUGAUGUUAACUGUACACUUCGUGCCUUGCGUGUAAAUUUAACACGACAUAAACCUAUGCCAGGGUCCCUGGCUGAAUCGUCUGCACUUGUCGCUCCUCAGCGGUCGUGCGAUGCUUUGUGUUACGUUUUCGAAUAAUAUCAGUUUUAAGUAUUUUUAUAAUGCGCGAGUUCGCUAUGACAUAAAGCUUGAGUAGGCCUUCGUCAUCGUGCUAGUGUUCGUGUUGGGCAAAGUGCUAACGCACCGCUUAUCAGUUCGGUAACAUACAUUAUAUUGAGGUUUAAAUUAUGAAUUAGAUAAUUUGAAAACCAAAUUGAUUUAUCAUGCUGGCAACUAAUAAACACAGUCUAGGUUAAUAAGCAGACAGUUAAAAUAUAAUUAUCUGGAAGAUUGAUAAAUUCAUUAUCAUUAGAUUGUACAAGCUAAACUGAUUCAGCAAAAUUGAACAAUUUAUUUAGACUAGUUAAGUCUGAGUCAACUUUGAGUUCAGUUUUUAGCAGCAUCAUCCUAAAAUGGACAUAAAGAAUAUUUUACUGGCAAUGUUAAAUGGUGCCUAUGACAGUAUCAGAGGAAUAGGCACUUUAAUAUAUAUGGAUAAAGAAUUAGAUAAUCGCACAAGGCAAAGACUUUCUCCAUCCAGGCAAAGCAGCACAAUCAGAAGAAGGGAAUCAGAUCUUACUAAAGAAGCUACACCAGUGAGGACAUUGAAAGCUCAUGAAGAAUCUAAAGUAUUGAAGAGAACUAUACAAUGUAGUGUGUUAAAUGGUGGAAUAUUUCUGGCAAGCAUAAUGCUUUUUGAUUAUGGAAUCUUGCCAUUUCUCAAUUUUGUACUGCAAAUGAUCUUUGGAGAGAAUACGAGUACGAGCGGAACGAUCUGGUCAUGGACGCGGCCAUUUUUAGUGUGUAUAUUCCAAGCCAUCUGGGUGAUGCCUUUAUUUUUAUUAAGCAAAUGUGUUAAUUGUUUGUGGUUUCAAGAUAUAGCUGAUAAUGCUUACCGUUAUAGCCGAGGCAGGCCGCAGAUCGCCGAGGGCCUAAGCAAACGAAUCGCCGACUCAAUCUUCAGCAUUGUGGUGCAAACGCUGUUUCUCGUCCAGGCAAUGCUCAUCGAUUACAUACCGAUUUUCCUCAUCGGUCGCAUUUUUUCCUGUAUUCACCUAUGCAUGCUUUAUUCGCUAUAUACAUUUGAGUAUAAGUGGUACAAUAUGCGAUGGGAGUUGCAUCGACGAUUGACAUUUAUCGAAACAAAUUGGCCGUACUUUAUUGGUUUUGGGCUACCUAUGACGAUAUUAACGCAAGUUUCGGAUUCUUGGAUAAUUAAUGGGUGCAUAUUUUCUAUUUUGUUCCCAUUGUUCAUCGUGAGCGGUAACGAAGCGUCGCCUGUAACCCACACGGUUAAUUUUCCUCUUAGCUUGUUUUCUCCGGUGAUUGCGAUAACAAAUACAAUUCUGAAUCGGUCUAUCGAUGCAGCGAAUGCGCAUAUGCAAGCGAACGCCAAACGAAGAUGAUAUGACAUUUUUAGCUGUGAAUAAGUCCGCGCUUGCGAUGCAGGCUCUCUUACUACAUACAUACUUAAUAUUUUUCAAUGAUACAACUUGUACAUUAUAUUUAUUAUGGAAUUUACGAAUUUGUACAUAUACAUACACAGUGAACUGAAUGUUUUUAUUUGCUUGUUAGUGCUUUAUACAAUGGACCAAUAAUCAAAUAUGUAUGAGUAAAAUUAUUUGAAACAUUUUAAUGAAGUGGUAAGAAAUGA